UGUCCCUGUGCAGGACGGGUGCCAAGGACCACACCCAUUCCGGCAAGUGCUCUGGUUCUCUGGGGAUGUGCCUGUCCUGUAAGGGACACAGUUGCCAUUAGGGAGAAAGCAGAGGAUGGAGUGUGAGGAAAGGACGUGAAAUUAGGAAAACAACAGGUGAUGCAGUUUAUGAUAGAAAAACGACGACAGGUAGACUAAUGGUUAAAAGCGUUGGGCCAGUAAGCGAAAAGUUCGAAUCCCGAGCCGAUUAGGUGAAAAACCUUAUAUUGAGCAAGGCACUAACCCUAAUUUAUCAUCAGGUGCAGGCUGCCAGUGCUGAAACUGCUCCAGGGUGUUGGUCAGCAGAGCUGCAGACUACUUGUCCGUCUGUCUGGGUGAGCAGGACAGAAGGAGCAAUGGCUAACAGGGGACCCAGUUACGGGCUGAGCAAGGAGGUGCAGGAGAAGAUAGAGCUGAAGUAUAAUCUAGACUUGGAGGCCCGGCUGGUGGACUGGAUCGUAGCUCAGUGUGGGGGGAACCUGGAGAGACCACAGCCAGGCAGACAGAACUUCCAGACAUGGCUGAUGGAUGGAACAAUUCUCUGUAGGCUCAUCAAUAGCCUGUACCCGCGUGGUAAGGAGCCAAUCAAGAAGAUUCUGGAGACACAGAUGGCCUUUAAGCAGAUGGAGAAGAUCUCCCAGUUCCUGCAGGCAGCAGAGGUCUACGGAGUCAUCACCACAGACAUCUUCCAGACCGUGGACCUGUGGGAAGGGAAGGAUAUGGCCGCAGUGCAGAGAACCCUGAUGGCCCUAGGUAGUGUCGCCCUCACCAAGGACGAUGGACAUUACCGUGGCGACCGCGACUGGUUCCACAGGAAAGCCCAGGGUUACCGGCGAGAGUUCUCUGAGGACCAGCUUCGUCAAGGCCAGAGUCUGAUUGGUCUGCAGAUGGGAAGCAACCGCGGGGCCUCUCAGUCUGGCAUGACAGGCUACGGAUCGCACCGCCAGAUCAUGUAGAGACACCAGCCAGCCGCUCAGCCAGCUGCCAGCCUCUCCCUCUGCAUGGCUGUGUACUCCAGAAGAAAGCUCCAUCACGCCCCUGGAACCUCAUGAUAUGACCCAACCACUUUUCCCCCUUCCCCAGAAGCACUAGCAAAUCACACGAGCACACACAUACACACACACACACACACACACACACACACACACAUGCUUUUACUGUUCAUCCUCAACCCAAACAGAGUGCUCCUUAUACCCCAACCACAAUUCUAUAGACCUCAGUGCUUUCUGCUUCCCCCACCCCCGCUCUCCAUCCAAAUGGUCCCACUCUCUCCAUUCAUAUGGUCCCACUCUCUCCAUCCAUAUGGUCCCACUCUCUCCAUCCAUAUGGUCCCACUCUCUCCAUCCAUAUGGUCCCACUCUCUCCAUCCAUAUGGUCCCACUCUCUCCAUCCAUAUGGUCCCACUCUCUCCAUCCAUAUGGUCCCACUCUCUCCAUCCAUAUGGUCCCACUCUCUCCAUCCAUAUAGUCCUGCUAGCCAUUCCCUUCAGUGGAUGAAGUCUUCGUAAUUCAGUCGGUACAGAGAACCCAAGAUUGAAGUCAUCCCUCUACAAAACAAGCAAAUAGCAUUUUACACUUCUAACAAAUAUUACAGCACGAAACGUUAUAGCAUGUUACAUCUUUUAAUUAACUGUUUGUUUGUAUGUACAGUAGGUGUGUCUGAGUCAUUGUAUAGUCCUUUGGGAGGGUUUGCUAUACCUCAUGAAAAGUUUAAUGUGUAACCGAAUGGAACUCGGUGAACGAUGAGGCCCCUGUGAAGACUUUGCGGUAACUUCUGUAACCAAAUGACCAUCACAUUGUGCCUGGUUAAUAUAGUAAAGGGACCAUAAACUAUGCCUUGUAUAAGAGACGCCACCCACCCUAAUGCAGAGGAAUUCAUUGACCUAAAUUCAGUUCUGUUUUUGUACUAACAUUCUGUGCUGUGCAUUUAUUACUUAUGUAUAAUUGAUGUAAUGUACUUGUAUGUGCCCACUGUCCAUGUGUGUUUCAGCCAAUCCCAUGAUUGUUAAAGACCCACAGUAUGAAAGUGACAGUAGGAUCAUUUUCAGGCCUGAUAUUGCUUGAAUGUAUUUUUUUCCCCUUCAAUGUAAUUUGUCAUGUUUACAUAAACAAAUAUGUUUAUAUCUGAAUCAUUGUGUGUAGAAAACAUAAUAAAUUAGGUGAAAACUGA